AGUUUACUAUUAUAUUAUUGUUUAAUUCUUUGUAUUUUCUUCCAUGUCGUUUCAAGAUUCAUCAUUGACUCCUCCAACAAUGGUGGAUGAUCUUAUUGAUAUUGAGUUGUUGCUUGGUGACAUCGGGGAAGAGGAGACAACGGAUGGAGGUAAUUUAGAGAUUGGUGAGUUGAUGGAUAUGGAGGUUCCAGUUCCGAGUGAUACAACUACUCAAACCAACCCCACUGAUAAUACUACUACUCAGACCCCUACUCAAAAUACUACAAACACAAACACUGAUGCUUCAACCCCUCAAGUUGCCCAAGCUCAGAGUUCCCAGAGUCAGAGAAAUGCUGAUGGUAGAGCUCCUCGUCCCAAAAAAUCUGCUGUUCAUUCUGAAAUGGUGCUGAUUGUAGGUCCAGAUGGCAUUAAGAAGUGGAAGUGCAGAUGGUGUGGAAAGCUUUACACAUAUGAUUCAAAGUGGAAGAGUACCUCUAAUGGUAAGAAACAUUUAGAUGCUUGUAUUCAGAGAAGGUUAAGGUUGAAAGGAAAUAAUGAGAAAGAGUUUGCUCAAUCUAGAUUAAACAUAGGUGAUAAUACUCCUAGUUUAGCUACUUGGACAUAUAAUCAUGCUAGGGUUAGAGAAAUUGCAGCACACAUGAUUCUAGGUCAUGAAUUUCCUUUUUCUGUUAUGGAAGGUGUUAUUUUUAAUGAAUUUCUAAAAGAGAUUUAUCCAUGGUACAAAAAGAUUACUAGGCAACAGGUUAAGUUUGAUUGUGAGACAUUUUAUGAGGCUGAGAGAAUUAAAAUGAAAAGGUCUAUGGCUUUGAUUAAUAGGGUCAGUCUCACCACUGACUUGUGGUGGUCUGGUGAACAGAGGAUAGGCUAUAUGACUGUGACUGGUCAUUUCAUUGAUUCAAAAUGGCAGCUUCAUAAAAGAGUUUUAUCUUUUAAGAAUGUGCCACCACCACAUUCUGGAGAGGUUUUGUGCAGGGAAUUGAUAAAGGUAAUGGAUGAUUGGGGAAUAAGGGAUAAGGUAGCAUCUAUUUCUGUUGAUAAUGCCAGUGCCAAUGAUAAUUGCAUUGCUAGGUUGAAGAGGGAUUAUUCUGGUAGGAGAAAUUUACCCUUAGGUGGUAAGUUAUUUCAUGUAAGGUGUUGUGCACACAUCUUAAAUCUGUUGGUGCAGGAUGGGCUUGAUAUGAUUAAGGUGUCUGUUGAUAAGAUAAGAAAUGGUGUCAAAUACUUGCUCUAUUCUGAAACAAGAUGCAAAUCAUUCAAAAAGAUUGUUGAUGAGUUGCAACUUGAAGGCAGAAUGCAAGUGUUGGAUACAAAGACUAGGUGGAACUCAACUUGGUUGAUGUUGUCUACUGCAUACCAUUACAGAGAAGUGUGGCCUAGAUAUGCUGAGGAAAAUGGUGCAUUUCUCAGUUUUUUGCCUGAUGCAAAUGAUUGGGAAGAUGUUCAUGAUAUUUGCAAGUUUUUGGAGGUUUUUGCUGAUGUGACAUCAAUUAUUAGUGGCACAUCUUACCCUACUGCUAAUCUGUUUUUGUCUGAGCUUUACAGAGUGAAGGUUUUACUUGAUAAUCCUUCAAGAAUCUCACAUAAUCCUCAGUUGCAGGCCCUUGCUAGUGAAAUGAAGUUGAAAUAUGACAAGUAUUGGUCAGAGUCCAAUACAUUGAUUUCUAUUGGUGCAGUUCUUGAUCCAAGGUAUAAGAUGAUCUUCAUCAAAUGGGUAUACCCCUUUUUGUAUCCAAAUCCCACUCAAUCAGAUACAUAUCAACAACAGUUGUCUGAAAAUUUAAGUACCCUCUUCCAAUUGUAUCAAGAUUCCUAUGGAACCAAUGAUGCAACUACCCCUACUGCUGCAUCUGAAUCUCCAGAAGUAGGAUCUACUUCUGGAUUGGGAAGGAGGAACUUUGAAAUGUUUUUAGAAACUGUUGUGGGUAAUAAUUCCAAAUCUGACCUUGAAUUAUAUUUUGAGGAGCCUCCUUUGAAAGUUCCCCCUAAUGCUAAAUUUGAUGUUUUAACUUGGUGGAUGGGAAAUGAGGCCAAAUAUCCUGUUCUUAGUAAAUUGGCAAAGGAUAUCCUAACUGUUCCAGUUACUACUGUUGCUUCAGAAGCAACUUUUAGUGCUGGGAAAAGGAUUAUUGAUCCUAAAAGAUCUUCUAUGAAAACUAAGACAGUUGAAAUGGUGGUUUGUGGAGGUGAUUGGGUGAAGGAGAAAUAUGGAAUAAAGAAGGGGUGCACUGCUUCUAUUCUUGAGGAGCCACAAGAUGAACCUUUGACAUAUCAUUUUGGUGAAGAUUUGGGUGUUUCAUUUACUGCUGCUGCAACUUGAAGUUGAAUACAAUGCCAAUGAUGAGAUUGUUCUGAGGC